ACUCUUCAUUCUUCAACUCAACCAGAAAGGCAGAAAAAAUGGCGCAGGCGAUGGCUUCAAUGGCUGGCUUGCGUGGCUCCUCGCAGAAAGUUCUGGAAGGAAGUCUCCAGCGCAGCGGAGGAAGCCGGUUUGAGGGUCCGGCGAGUCUUCGGGUCGCCGGCUGUGGCCGGGCUGGGCUCAGUGUUAUAAAAUCUCAAGGUCUGCCGGCGGAGACAGAAGCUCAGAGUGGGCGUCGCGCCAUGCUUGGACUUUUCACCGCAGGGGUCUCCGGCGUCGCCUUCGUCAAUAGAGUGCUCGCCGAACCGAAGCUUAUCAAGAUUGGUCCUCCGCCAGCACCCUCCGGCGGCCUCCCCGGUACACUGAACUCUGAUGAGGCAAGAGAUCUGGAUCUUCCAAUAAAAGAAAGAUUCUUCAUUCAACCGCUGCCUCCAGCUGAAGCCGCCCAGAGGGCUAAAGAGUCAGCGAAGGACAUUCUAAAUGUCAAAGAGCUCAUCGACAAGAAGCAAUGGCCAUACGUCAAGAACGACCUGCGCCUCAAGGCUCAGUAUCUCCGUUACGAUCUCAACACUGUCAUCUCAGCUAAGCCAAAGGAGGAGAAGAAGGCUCUCAAGCAACUUACUUCUAAGCUUUUCUCUACCAUCGACGAUCUCGACCAUGCAGCAAAAAUUAAGAGCUCUACAGAGGCUGAGAAGUAUUAUGCUGAGACUAAAUCUCAGCUGGAUGACUUGAUUGCCAAGUUAGGCUAGAUGAAUGAAAGCUCCACCUCUUAUGUAUUAUGAACUCUCUGCAAUUUUUUUUUCUUUUGUUCUUAUAAAUUGAGCUUUGUUAUGCUUUAUGGUGAAUGAAUGCUCUAUCAAACUAGCAAUGCAUAACUUUUUUUU